GCGGGCUGGCGAUCCGGGGAAGCGGUUUGGCCGAGCCCGGCGGAGCGGAGGGCCCCUGCGGCGGGCUUUGGUGGCGGUGUGACACAUUCUUCUGUCUAGCUGUGGAAUAAAGACUGAGAGACACCAUGGGAGAAAAAAUGAAUAAUUUCCCUCCUCUUCCUCGAUUCAUCCCCCUGAAGCCCUGUUUUUACCAGGAUUUUGAUGAGGAGAUCCCUCCCCUACACCGAACCACCGUCAAACGUCUUUACUACCUCUGGAUGUUGAAUAGCAUCACCUUGGCAGUGAAUCUGAUUGGCUGCCUUGCAUGGAUGAUCGGAGGCGGUGGGGCGGUCAACUUUGGACUGGCGAUCCUCUGGCUCAUUCUCUUUACGCCCUGCUCCUAUGUGUGCUGGUUUAGACCUAUUUACAAAGCCUUCAAGACGGAUAGCUCCUUCAGCUUCAUGGCUUUCUUCUUCACCUUCAUGGCUCAGCUGGUGAUCAGCAUCAUCCAGGCAGUUGGGAUCCCUGGCUGGGGAGUCUGUGGCUGGAUUGCAGCAAUCUCUUUCCUUGGGACCAACGUGGGCUCGGCCGUCGUGAUGCUCAUCCCAACCAUCCUGUUCACAGCCAUGUCCGUGUUCUCCUUCAUUGCCCUCAGUAUGGUGCAUAAGUUUUACCGGGGAAGCGGCGGGAGUUUCAGCAAAGCCCAAGAGGAGUGGACCACGGGGGCCUGGAAGAACCCCCACGUACAACAGGCGGCUCAAAACGUGGCCGUGGGCGCCGCCCAAGGAGCCAUGACGCAACACGAAACGCAGUAUUCGGCUACCCCUAACUAUAACUACCCCAAUGACAUGUGAGGUGUGUGUGAUCCCUGACUGUAACGACCCCCCGUGAGAUGUGAACCCAUGAGGCUUUGGUCUAAGGUGGGCAGGACAAAUUGGACCAGGAGUGUGUGUGUGUGUGUGUGUGUGUGUGUUACUGUGUGUGUCGGGAGGGGUGGAUUCCAGUGUAUAGUAGGUAUGGCCAGGGAUAGCUGUACGAUAACUUCCG